CCCUGGCAGGCUGAGUGGAGGAGGCUCAAAUGUAUGAUUCCUGAGAUGCUAGCUUGGUGCAGCCAGGCUUUAGGGACUACGGCAUAUUCCAUAUGGUCCUGUGUAAUCUUUACUCAGUUUCCCCCAAUGGUAGCAUCUUGCAAAACCAUAGUACAUAUCACAACUGGGAUACUGACGAAGAUACAGCGAUGCCAAGCGAGUAUCACUGUGCGAAACCGAGAAGCGAUUGCUCAAGACCCUCCCUGCAAUGGUACACCCGAGCUCAGAACAAGAUGCGAAGACCCAACUUGUUGUUAAAAGACAUUUUCAAGUGUAUACUUCUUGUGUUUGGAGUGUGGAUCCUUUAUAUCCUCAAGUUAAAUUAUACUACUGAAGAAUGUGAUAUAAAAAAAGUGCAUUAUGUGGAUCCUGACCGCGUCAAGAGAGCUCAGAAAUACGCGCAGCAAGUCUUGCAACAGGAGUGCCGGCCCAGGUUUGCCAGGACGUCCAUGGCGCGGCUGUUUGAGCACCGGUACAGCGUGGACUUGCCGCCCUUCGUGAAGAAGGGCCCCCGGGCGAACGAGGCCGAGUACAAGUACGACCCUCCUUUCGGAUUCCGGCACUUCUCCGGGAAAGUGCAGAGCCUCCUGGAACUCUUGCCUGAGCACGACCUUCCUGAACACUUGAAAGCAAAGAGUUGUCGGCGUUGCGUGGUCAUCGGAAGUGGCGGGAUACUCCACGGACUAGAGCUGGGCCCAGCCCUGAACCAGUUCGACGUGGUGAUACGGUUAAACAGUGCACCCGUUGAGGGAUAUUCAGAGCAUGUUGGAAAUAAAACUACUAUAAGGAUGACUUAUCCAGAGGGUGCCCCACUGUCUGACUUCGAAUAUUAUUCCACUGACUUGUUUGUGGCUGUUUUAUUUAAGAGUGUUGACUUCAACUGGCUUCAGGCAAUGGUAAAGAACGAAACCCUGCCAUUUUGGGUACGACUCUUCUUUUGGAAGCAGGUGGCAGAAAAAAUCCCAUUACCGCCAAAACAUUUCAGGAUUUUGAAUCCAGUUAUUAUCAAAGAGACUGCCUUUGACAUCCUUCAGUAUUCAGAGCCACAGUCCAGGUUCUGGGGCCGAGAUAAGAACGUCCCCACGAUUGGUGUCAUUGCCGUUGUCUUAGCCACACACCUGUGUGAUGAAGUCAGCUUGGCCGGCUUUGGCUAUGACCUCAGCCAGCCCAGAACACCUUUGCAUUACUUCGACAAUCUCUGCAUGGCCGCCAUGAACUUCCAGACCAUGCACAACGUGACGACGGAGACCAGGCUGCUGCUGAAGCUGGUCAAGGAGGGCGUGGUGAAGGACCUCAGCGGGGGCAUCCGCUGCGAGUUUUGAACACAGACAACCUCACUGGAAAUGCACCUCGGACUCUGAGGGCCGCUUUUCUUGGCCUUCUUGGGGCAUUUCUCCUACAAAUACUUUGAGAUGCAGCUGGUGUUUUUAACUUUUAAUUUAAAAGACAAAAACCAGUUUCGCUCUU